UGCUAAUAAAAUUAUCAAAAUUCGUGUACGCAGUGAAGGCUACAUGAGAGUAUUGCAGGUAUUUACUGUCUGUGUUAUUUAAAGAUAGUAGGAAGUAGGAAGUUUAGUUUAUAUGUGGUAAAAGCGAAAAUGUCGCUGAUGAAAUAAAGUGCGUAGUGGAGACUGGUUAACUUUACUGCUGUCUGUGCAGUACUCUACUACCAGGUAUGGGUGCUGUUUCCAGCAAGUAUGAUGGCGUCACUGUGGGGGCGGGAUUACAACACAGUAGGAGUGGCCAAGACAGUGACCACCAGCCAAUAAUAAAAAGAGAUGACAUCAAGAGGCGGAGCUCCAACAUGAGACACAGCUCAGGAGAGACAGUUCACUGUCCGACCUGCCAGGGUACUGGACGUAUACCCAGAGGUCAGGAGAACAAGCUGGUGGCUGUGAUCCCCUGUACUGACCAGCGGCUGAGACCCAGACACACGAAGCUGUAUGUAGCUGUGUCUGUUGGUGUGUGCCUCCUGGCCAGUACCUUGGUGCUGUUCUUCCUGUUUCCUCGGUCUGUCCUUCUGUCUCCAGUGGCUGUACAGUCAUCCUUUGUUUAUUUCACUGAAAACAAAGUCCAAAUUAACAUCACGAAUGUAUUGAACAUCACCAACCACAACUUUGUGGCGGUGCAGGCCUAUAAUCUGACAGUCCAAGCCCUCAACUUUGACUCAGUGGUUGGAACAGCAUCCAUUAAGAACGUCACCUUUGUCAAACCUCUGUCCGUCGAAACGUACUCCUUCAUCAUCCCCAUCACGCUGACAGACCCUGGACUGUGUAACUACUGUAAGAAAGUUUCCUUGCCUGUCCACAUUCUGUAUCUACACCUUCAGAUGUCUAUGGCAGUUUACUACCUGGCCCACUAUGAGCAACUCUCCCUGGAGACAUAUGAGUACAUAGACUGUGGAGCAAACAGCACUAUACCACACUAUGUGCAGCCCCCACCCCCCUGAUGGAUGAACAGAUAUACUGUGGACGUAUUUUUUGUGUAGUGGAAUAGUUCGUUUUGUUGUUUUUUUUUUCAUGAAUUGUGACACCUAACCUGCUGCAGAGCAAACACCUGAGUCUCUGUUCGCAUGGACUCAGCUGAGGUUCAUUCAUGGACUUAAAGCAAAUGAAGCAACCACAGUGUCUAUCUGCUGUUCAUGGACUGUUCAGGAAGCAGGAAACUUAUAACUGAUCUGUGAAAGCAAUUUAUAUAUUAAUGUAAAUAUUUUAGUAACCAUGGUAACAUGUGCAUAAGCAAAAAGUAUGCAAAAGAAGUUAUAACUACCAUCUGUUGUUUUUGUAUGCUCUGUGUAAUUUGUCAGUUUAUUAAGUCCAUUCAAAAGACAGUGAUCCCUGAGUAGAGCCCCUAAUAUAUUCCUGUACAAGCCUCUUUUUCAUCCUUCAUCUACCUGUUUGUCAUUAUUUAUGGUGAAUAAUUUGUAGCUUAAUAAUAGCUCAUGAAAAAUGCAGAUAAUCAGAGGCAAAAAUGGCAAAUGAACUGAACUACUGGUAUUAAAGCACCCUAAAUGAAGAAUGGACUCUUCCAGCCUGCACUAUAUCUGAAUGAAUGAAUGAAUGAAUGAAUGAAGAAAGGAUGGACAGAAGAGCACAACUCUUGCCAUGUCUAUUGACAGCAUUACAGUUCCACAGAUUGAAUUGCACAGUGGCGGAAACUGAGGAGAAUGUUUUGACAUUGUGUGGCUAUUGAUUGAAGAGUUCACCAAUAUUAAAAGGAAUGAUGUGGCAGUAUAGAAGUUGGAGCAGUAAGUGUGAGUAAGCGUAACUGCAUCUCCUUUUACUCCACUAUUUUUUGUAAUUUUUUUGCAAGCAGAAAAAAUUCUGUACAGUUUGUGUUAUACUACUUAUCAUUAUUAGGUAUAUGUAAUACUUGUAUUAUCUGACAACUCUACCAUAAUUUUGUUGUCAUCAUUUUUCUGUGUUCAGAAAUUAUUAAUGAAGUCUGUCUGUUUUUUUUG